UUUUUUUUUUUUUUUGAAUCUUCGGAGUUAAAAAGUGAGGAAUGAUGUGCAAUUGCUCAGUUGCCUGCGACGACUCGGAGAUACUAAGGGAAACGCUGCAGCCCUGGUGAAGAAGCUUUGACUAGGGAAGGGUUUGGAUCCACACCAGGCUGGUGUGGAUUGGGGCUGGUGUGGACGGUUUACUCUAAACCCCUGCUUAAGGAAUUCCUGGAAGCCUCUGGAAAGUACUCCCCAACCCAGCGUGGUGGAAAUGGCUUUGCCACACAGUGAAGAUGCCAUCACAGGGGACACUGACAAGUAUCUGGGGCCACAGGACCUUAAGGAGCUGGGCGAUGACUCCCUGCCUGCCGAGGGUUACGUGGGCUUCAGUCUCGGAGCCCGUUCUGCCAGUCCCAAGAUAAGCCUCCGCUCCUUCAGUUCGGAUAGGUCCUACACCUUGAACAGAAGCUCCUACGCGCGGGACAGCAUGAUGAUCGAGGAACUUCUGGUACCAUCCAAAGAGCAGCACCUUACAUUCACGAGGGAGUUUGAUUCCGAUUCCCUCAGACACUACAGUUGGGCAGCAGACACGUUAGACAAUGUGAACCUGGUCUCCAGCCCGGUGCAUUCUGGCUACUCGUCUCCGCUGCCUCAGUAUGACUCAAGGUUUCUGGUUAGCUUUAUGGUGGACGCGAGAGGGGGCUCCAUGCGAGGAAGCCGCCACCAUGGCAUGCGGAUCAUCAUCCCUCCGCGCAAGUGUACGGCCCCCACCCGCAUCACCUGCCGCCUGGUAAAGAGACAUAAACUGGCCAACCCACCCCCCAUGGUGGAAGGAGAGGGAUUAGCCAGUAGACUGGUAGAAAUGGGUCCUGCGGGGGCACAAUUUUUAGGCCCUGUCAUUGUGGAGAUCCCUCAUUUUGGGUCCAUGAGGGGAAAGGAGAGGGAACUCAUUGUCCUUCGGAGCGAGAACGGCGAGACCUGGAAGGAGCACCAGUUUGACAGUAAAAACGAAGACCUCUCGGAGCUCCUCAAUGGCAUGGAUGAAGAACUCGACAGCCCAGAAGAGUUGGGCACGAAACGCAUCUGCAGAAUCAUCACAAAGGACUUCCCCCAGUAUUUUGCCGUGGUUUCCCGGAUUAAGCAGGAAAGCAACCAAAUUGGCCCUGAAGGCGGCAUUCUGAGCAGCACCACCGUCCCCCUCGUCCAGGCGUCUUUCCCAGAGGGUGCCUUAACCAAAAGGAUCCGUGUGGGUCUGCAGGCUCAGCCCGUGCCAGAGGAAACUGUGAAAAAAAUUCUUGGAAAUAAAGCAACAUUUAGCCCAAUUGUCACAGUGGAGCCAAGGAGGAGGAAAUUCCAUAAGCCAAUCACCAUGACCAUUCCGGUGCCCCCACCCUCAGGAGAAGGCGUGUCCAACGGGUACAAGGGGGAUACCACGCCCAACCUGCGGUUGCUCUGCAGCAUCACAGGAGGCACCUCUCCGGCUCAGUGGGAAGACAUCACAGGAACAACCCCUCUGACGUUCAUAAAGGAUUGUGUGUCCUUCACAACCAACGUUUCAGCCAGAUUCUGGCUGGCAGACUGCCAUCAGGUGUUAGAAACCGUAGGGCUAGCCUCCCAGCUGUACAGAGAGUUAAUAUGCGUCCCCUACAUGGCCAAGUUUGUUGUUUUUGCCAAAACAAACGACCCUGUGGAAUCCUCCCUGAGGUGCUUCUGCAUGACGGACGACAGGGUGGACAAAACCCUGGAGCAGCAGGAGAAUUUCGAGGAGGUUGCCAGAAGCAAAGACAUUGAGGUUCUGGAAGGAAAGCCCAUCUACGUUGAUUGCUAUGGAAACCUGGCCCCUCUGACCAAAGGAGGACAGCAGCUGGUUUUUAACUUUUAUUCUUUCAAAGAAAAUAGACUGCCAUUUUCCAUCAAGAUGAGAGACACCAGCCAAGAGCCCUGCGGCCGUCUGUCUUUCCUGAAGGAGCCGAAGACAACAAAGGGAUUACCCCAAACGGCUGUUUGCAACUUAAAUAUUACUCUGCCGGCGCAUAAAAAGGAGACAGAGUCAGAUCAAGAUGAUGAGGCUGAGAAAGCAGACAGACGUCAGAGUUUUGCAUCUCUAGCUUUACGUAAGCGCUACAGCUACUUGACUGAGCCCAGCAUGAAAACAGUUGAACGGAGUUCAGGAACAGCAAGAUCCCUCCCCACCACUUAUUCACACAAGCCAUUCUUUGCUACAAGACCCUACCAGUCCUGGACCACGGCUCCAGUCACAGUGCCCGGGCCGGCAAAGUCAGGCUCCUUAUCCAGCUCCCCCUCUAACACGCCGUCAGCAUCUCCGUUAAGAUCCAUAUGGUCUGUGUCGACGCCUUCUCCGAUCAAAUCCACGAUAGGCGCCUCAACUACAUCUUCAGUCAAAUCCAUUAGUGAUGUGGCGUCUCCCAUUAGAUCUUUCCGGACAAUCUCUUCGCCAAUAAAAACGGUGGUGUCACCGUCUCCGUACAAUACCCAGGUUGCCUCCGGUAUCCUUGGGAGGGUUCCCACCAUCACAGAGGCCACACCUCUAAAGGGCCUGGCUCCCAACUCAACUUUUUCCUCUCGAACUUCUCCUGUGACGACCGCAGGGUCUCUGCUGGAGAGGUCUUCCAUCACCAUGACACCCCCUGCCUCCCCCAAAUCAAACAUCACUAUGUAUUCCUCGAGCUUGCCAUUUAAGUCCAUUAUCACGUCAGCGGCGCCGCUGAUCUCUUCCCCCUUAAAGUCAGUGGUGUCUCCGACCAAGUCUGCAGCUGAUGUCAUCUCAACAGCUAAAGCUACGAUGGCAUCGUCUCUCUCCUCCCCCUUAAAGCAGAUGUCUGGACAUGCAGAGGUAGCACUAGUCAAUGGGUCUGUUUCUCCUCUGAAGUACCCUUCAUCUUCAGCUUUAAUUAACGGAUGCAAAGCCACUGCCACAUUACAGGACAAAAUUUGUACAGCCACAAAUGCUGUGAGCUCCGUGGUGAGCGCGGCCUCUGACACGGUGGAGAAAGCGCUCUCUACCACAACAGCCAUGCCCUUUUCCCCUCUCAGGUCGUACGCGUCUGCAGCCCCCUCAGCUUUCCAGUCCCUUAGAGCUCCCUCUGCAAGUGCACUGUACACCUCCCUCGGGUCCUCAAUAGCUGCUACUACCUCAUCCGUAACUUCAUCAAUAAUCACAGUGCCAGUAUACUCGGUAGUCAAUGUUUUGCCAGAACCAGCACUGAAGAAACUCCCAGACUCUAACUCGCUCACCAAGUCGGCGGCGGCUUUGCUGUCGCCCAUUAAAACAUUGACUACGGAGACACACCCUCAGCCCCACUUCAAUCGGACUUCAUCUCCAGUCAAGUCGUCUCUGUUCCUGGCAUCCUCCGCCCUUAAGCCAUCCGUACCAUCUUCUUUAUCUUCCAGUCAGGAGAUCUUAAAGGAUGUGGCCGAGAUGAAGGAGGACCUCAUGAGGAUGACGGCCAUACUGCAGACAGACGUACCUGAGGAGAAGCCAUUCCAGCCCGACCUCCCCAGAGAAGGGAGGAUAGACGAUGAAGAGCCUUUCAAAAUCGUUGAGAAAGUGAAGGAAGAUUUAGUCAAAGUCAGCGAGAUUCUCAAAAAGGACGUGUGUGUCGAGAGCAAAGGGCCACCCAAAUCCCCUAAGAGUGACAAAGGACACUCUCCAGAGGAUGACUGGACGGAAUUUAGUUCUGAGGAAAUACGAGAAGCCAGGCAGGCUGCGGCCAGUCAUGCCCCAUCUCUGCCGGAGAGAACGCAUGGGAAGGCCAACCUCACUAGAGUCAUAGACUACCUGACCAAUGACAUUGGGAGUAGUUCACUGACCAACUUAAAGUACAAGUUUGAAGAGGCUAAGAAGGAUGGAGAGGAGAGACAGAAGAGGAUUUUAAAGCCAGCCAUGGCCUUGCAGGAGCAUAAACUCAAAAUGCCGCCAGCCUCCAUGAGGCCUUCCACCUCUGAGAAGGAACUGUGCAAAAUGGCUGACUCUUUUUUUGGAACGGAUGCCAUCCUAGAGUCUCCGGAUGACUUUUCUCAGCAUGACCAAGAUAAAAGUCCCUUAUCCGACAGUGGCUUUGAAACCCGAAGUGAGAAAACACCUUCAGCCCCACAAAGUGCCGAGAGCACCGGCCCUAAGCCACUAUUUCACGAGGUUCCCAUUCCCCCCGUCAUCACAGAGACAAGAACUGAAGUGGUCCAUGUGAUCAGGAGCUAUGAACCCUCUACUGGGGAGAUCCCCCAGUCCCAGCCAGAGGACCCCGGGUCUCCCAAGCCUUCCCCUACAUUUAUGGAGUUGGAACCAAAGCCUACCACCUCUAGCAUUAAGGAAAAAGUAAAAGCAUUUCAAAUGAAAGCCAGUGGCGAGGAAGAGGACCAUAGUCGGGCUUUAAGCAAAGGCAUGCGUGUCAAAGAAGAGACUCAUAUCACCACAACCACUAGGAUGGUGUAUCACUCCCCUCCUGGCAGCGAGUGUGCCUCCGAAAGAAUUGAGGAGACCAUGUCGGUCCAUGACAUUAUGAAGGCCUUUCAGUCUGGGCGAGACCCUUCCAAAGAGCUAGCAGGGCUGUUUGAACACAAGUCAGCCAUGUCUCCGGAUGUUGCCAAGUCUGCUGCUGAGACCUCAGCCCAGCACGCAGAGGACAACCAAAUGAAACCCAAACUGGAGCGUAUUAUAGAGGUCCACAUCGAAAAAGGUAACCAAGCCGAACCCACUGAAGUCAUUAUUAGAGAGACCAAAAAGCAUCCUGAGAAGGAAGUGUCUGUGUAUCAGAAAGACUUAUCCCGGGCAAAUAUUAACUUAAAAGAUUUUCUGCCAGAGAAACACGAUGCUUUCCCCUGCCCCGAGGAGCAGGGUCAGCAAGAAGAAGAGCUUGCAGCCGAAGAGUCCUUGCCUUCUUAUCUGGAAUCUUCCAGAGUAAACACUCCAGGGUCCCAAGAAGAAGAUAGCCGCCCUAGUUCCGCACAGCUUCUGUCCGAUGACUCUUAUAAAACCCUGAAGCUUCUGAGUGAGCACUCCGUAGAGUACCAUGAUGAUGAGUUGUCAGACCUAAGAGGGGAGUCGUACAGGUUUGCUGAGAAAAUGCUUCUAUCAGAAAAGCUAGAUGUUUCUCACUCUGAUACCGAGGAGUCGGUGACAGACCAUGCAGGACCCCCUAGCUCAGAGUUACAGGGGUCUGAUAAGCGAUCCAGAGAAAAAGUAGCCACUGCCCCCCCCAAAGAGAUACUCUCCAAAAUCUAUAAAGAUGUGUCCGAAAAUGGUAUAGGGAGAGUGUCUAAGGAUGAGCAUUUUGAGAAACUGACAGUGUUGCACUACUCGGGCAACGUCAGUGGUCCCAAGCAUACCAUGUGGAUGCACUUGUCCGAGGACAGACUAGACAGAGGUAGAGAGAAACUGAUGUAUGAAGAUAGGGUGGACAGGACUGUGAAGGAGGCAGAAGAGAAGUUGACUGAAGUGUCGCAGUUUUUUCGCGACAAAACCGAGAAGCUAAACGAUGAACUGCAGUCCCCGGAGAAAAAGCCUCGCCCCAAAAACGGCAAGGAAUACUCCUCCCAGAAUUCCACCAGCAGUAGCCCCGAGAAAGUGUUAACGGAGCUGUUGGCAUCCAAUGAUGAAUGGGUUAAGGCCAGGCAGCGAGGCCCGGAUGGACAAGGUGUCCCUCAGGCUGAGGACAGGAAGGCGCCCAGUGGUUCCAGCAGCCCUGAGAAGAGGGUCCCUACCCAACAGAGCAAGGAUGGCCAGCCUCCAGAGGAAGCUAAAAGAACUGUCGUUGCUCAGAGCAGGGGACAAGAAGGACCCCAGUCUGGAUUUCAGCUCAAACAAUCUAAACUCAGUUCCAUUCGAUUAAAAUUUGAACAAGGGGCACGUGCCAAGAGUAAGGAUCCAUCUCACGAGGAGAAAAAUCUAGACGGGCCGUCCCGAAUCCCAGUUAAGAAAACUCAAGAGAACAAGCUGCCCCCACACCCAGGUUUUGCUAGAGAAAAACAGCAGAAGGCUGUAGAUUCCCCAGAGGAACGAGUGCCGGUACAAAAUGAUGUUACGAUUUUCAAAGCUGAGCAUCCCCAAAGCAAUGAGAUCAUUGCAAGCGAAUCUGGCUCCAAUGAUGGCAAAAGCCACAGAACUGAGAUGUUUAGUAAGGCAAUGCCUGACUUCUUACCUGAGCAACAGGGUGAAGACUCAGCCUGUCCCAUAACAUCAGAUCUAGAGACCAAGGGACUGUGGGACAGAAAGCUCUUUAGAACAUGGGAAAGUUCUGGGGCCAAUAACACCAAGGCUCAGAAAGAGCAACUCUCUCAUGUGCUUGUUCACAAUAUAAGAGAGAACCACGCUGGUCACCCUGACGAUAGCGAGACCGGUGACCCAAAGAAUGAAUUUAUGUAUGUGACUGAGAGAGAACACAAAAUGUUAACCAACGGCUCUCUCUCAGAAAUUAAGGAGAUGAGUGUAAAAUCUCCCUCCAAGAAAGUGUUGUACAGGGAAUACAUUGUUAAAGAAGGGGACCCUCCCGGCAGCGCUCUCGACCAUCCCCCCAAGAGAAGCGAGAGCUCGGUAGCAUCUCACAUUCCCAUCAGGGUCCCAGAUGAGAGGAGGAUGCUGUCAUCAAACAUUCCCGAUGGGUUUUGUGAGCAGACAACAUUUCCAAAACAAGAACCAUCCCAAAGAGUGUCCCGGCCAAGUAUGAGCAAAGGGAUAGUUGAGAGCCAACACUUUAACUCCGUAGAUGAUGAAAAAGUUACCUAUUCCGAGAUCAGCAAAGUUUCCAAACAUCAGAGUUACGUAGGCCUAUGCCCAGCUCUCGAUGAAACCGAGACCUCUCCCACCAAAUCUCCUGAUUCGUUAGAGUUUAGCCCAGGGAAGGACUCUCCUUCUAGUGAUGUGUUUGACCACGGUUCCAUGGAUGGGUUGGAAAAGACAGAGGCAGGGAAAGAGAUCAAAACCUUACCUGUUUAUGUCAGCUUCGUGCAAGUGGGGAAACAGUAUGAAAAGGAGCUCCAACAAGGAAGUGUGAAAAAGAUCAUCAGUCAGGAGUGUAAGACAGUGCAGGAAGCCAAGGGGACCUUCUAUACAGCUAGACAGCAAAAGCAGCCUCCUUCUCCUCAGGGCAGUCCAGAAGAUGAUACUCUAGAGCAAGUGUCCUUUCUAGACAGCUCUGGGAAGAGCCCUUUGACCCCGGAAACCCCCAGUUCAGAGGAAGUGAGUUAUGAGUUCACGUCUAAGACGCCAGACUCACUCAUAGCUUUUAUACCAGGACAACCCAGCCCGAUUCCCGAGGUUUCUGAGGAGUCGGAGGAGGAGGAGCCCAAAUCAGCCCCACUAAGGCAGGUGACCGUGGAGAAGGAGACAGACCGAGAUGGGAGCAAAGACUCUAUCCAAAGACCCAAAUGUAACCGCGUUGCCUAUAUUGAGUUUCCCCCACCUCCCCCCCUGGAUGCCGACCAGAUGGAAUCAGAUAAGAAACAUCAGUAUCUCCCUGAAAGGGAGGUUGACAUGAUGGAAGUCAGCCUUCAGGAUGAGUCUGACAAGUACCAGUUGGCCGAGCCAGUCAUCCGAGUGCAGCCCCCAUCACCAGUCCCUCCUGGCGCUGAUGCCAGUGAUUCUAGCGAUGAUGAGUCCAUGUAUCAACCGGUCCCAGUUAAGAAAUAUACCUUCAAGCUGAAGGAAGUUGACGAAGGGCAGAAAGACACAGCAAAAUCCAAAACUGCCACCACAAAGGCUUCCAACCAGAAAGAGGUGGAAGGUAAUGGGAGAGAGAGCGAAUCUGGCCUUGACUCGCCUCAGAACGAAACAGCUCAGAAUGGAAACAACGACCAGUCUGUCACGGAGUGUUCCAUCGCGACCACGGCCGAAUUUUCUCACGACACGGAUGCCACAGAGAUUGACUCUCUGGAUGGCUAUGACCUGCAGGAUGAGGAUGAUGGCCUAACAGAGAGUGAUUCUAAGCUCCCCAGUCAAACUGUAGACACCAAGAAGGAUGUCUGGACAGAGGGCAUUCUGAAGCCAGCCGACCGCUCUUUCAGUCAGAGCAAACUGGAAGUUAUUGAGGAGGAGGAGAAAGUGGGACUGGACGAAGAGAAACCAUCACCUUCUAAAAGCUCGUCAUCUGACAGAACCCCAGAGAAGGUUGAUCCCAAGUCGGGGGCCCAGUUUUUCACCCUGGAAGGCAGACACCCGGACAGAUCAGUGUUCCCUGAUACUUACUUCAGUUACAAAGUCGAUGAAGAAUUUGCCACUCCUUUUAAAACAGUGGCGACCAAAGGUCUAGACUUUGACCCUUGGCCCAAUAACCGAGGGGACAAUGAAGUUUUUGACGGUAAAUCGCGGGAAGAUGACACUAAGCCAUUUGGUCUGGCGGUGGACGACCGCUCUCCGGCAACCACCCCUGACACAACGCCAGCCAGAACACCAACUGACGAAAGUACCCCAACUAGUGAGCCUAACCCCUUCCCAUUUCAUGAAGGAAAAAUGUUUGAGAUGACCCGCAGUGGUGCAAUUGACAUGAGCAAGAGAGAUUUUGUGGAAGAGAGGCUCCAAUUUUUCCAGAUUGGUGAGCAUACUCCUGAAGGGAAGUCAGGGGCCCAGGGGGAAGGGGAUAUGGUCACUGAUACCCCACAGCCACAGUCAGGGGACACCUCAGUAGACACCAAUCUAGAGAGAGAUGUAGAGGCACCUACAGUCGACCCCAACCCCAGCAUCCUGACCAACGGAGAGUGUCAGGAAGGCACAGCCUGUAGUGGCUCUCUGGAGAAGUCGGCAGCUGCCACUAACACCUCAAAAGUUGACCCCAAGUCACGCACGCCUAUAAAAAUGGGAAUUUCUGCAUCUACCAUGACCAUGAAGAAAGAAGGCUCUGGAGAAGUGACAGAUAAGACAGAGGCUGUGGUGACCAGUGGUCAGGGGUUAGAAAACGAAAUUGUGAAAGAGAUCGCAAACGCACCCAAUAGCCAGGCGGGCGUUAGGCCCCAAGAGAAACACGAUUUUCAAAAAGAUAACUUUAAUAACAACAAUAAUCUGGAUGCUUCCACUGUGCAGACAGAGAACAGCACAAGUCACGUAGUUCUGACAGGACGCGAUGCAUCCACUUGCACCACAGAGAAAGCUAAUCCAGUGAAAGGCUCAGGAAAGAGUCCAGGGACUCAAGGACACUCCAGCAGAGAUUCUCGGAAGGAGCCGAUAGGGGUUAGGCGGAAAUCCAAGCUUCCUGUAAAGGCCACCGCACCAAAAGAUGUCUGCCCGCCAAACCAUAAGCCAGACAGUAAAACAGGUAAACCGAGGCAGGCUGGUCAAUAUGAGAAACACAAAACCCUUCCUACUUCUUCAUGUAUAAAUGCCAAGUCCCGAAUUCCAGUCAAAAACACACACAGGGAGAACCUAGUUUCAGUCAGAAAAGCAUGCGCCACACAAAAGCGAGGGCAGCCAGAGAAAGGCGGGGCCAAACAGCCUCCAUCCAAGUUGCCAGUAAAGGUAAGAUCCACCCGUGUCACCGUCACCACCACCACCACCAACACCACCACCUCCACCGCCACCACCGCCACCACCACCACCACCACCGUUAAAGUUACAGAAAGUCAGCUUAAGGAGGUAUGUAAACAUCCCAUUGAAUAUUUUAAGGGAAUUAGUGGCGAGACCCUAAAACUUGUGGACCGCCUCACUGAAGAAGACAAAAAGAUGCAAUCGGAGUUGUCUGAUGAGGAAGAAAGUACCUCAAGGAACACGUCGUUGUCCGAGACUUCCCGGGGUGGCCAGCCUUCAGUUACCACGAAGUCUGCUAGAAAUAAGAAAACAGAGGCACCGCCCUUAAAAUCAAAGAGAGGAAAGGCCGGCAGUAGAAGGACCGGUCCACAGAGUCCCUGUGAGCGGACGGAUAUCAGGAUGGCAAUAGUAGCUGAUCACCUGGGACUUAGUUGGACAGAGCUGGCAAGAGAGCUGAAUUUUUCAGUGGAUGAAAUCAACCAAAUACGUGUGGAAAAUCCCAAUUCUUUAAUUUCUCAGAGCUUCAUGUUAUUAAAAAAGUGGGUGACCAGAGAUGGAAAGAAUGCCACAACUGAUGCCUUAACUUCCGUCUUAACAAAAAUUAACCGAAUAGACAUAGUGACUCUGCUGGAAGGACCAAUCUUUGAUUAUGGGAAUAUUUCAGGCACCAGAAGCUUUGCAGACGAAAACAAUGUUUUCCAUGACCCCGUUGAUGGUUGGCAGAACGAGACAUCAAGUGGAAGCCUAGAGUCCCCAGCGCAAGCGCGAAGACUAACCGGUGGGUUACCGGACCGUCUGGAUGACAGCUCUGACCAGGCUCGGGAUUCCAUUACCUCAUACCUCACGGGAGAACCAGGAAAGUUCGAAGCAAACGGAAACCAUACAGCGGAAGUCAUUCCAGAGUCAAAGGCAAAGCCCUUCUUCUCUGAAUCCCAAAACGAUGUAGGGAAACAGAGCAUCAAGGAGAACUUGAAACCAAAAACACACGGAUGUGGUCGCGCCGAGGAACCAGUGUCGCCCCUCACAGCCUACCAGAAAUCUCUAGAAGAAACCAGCAAGCUUGUCAUAGAAGACGCACCUAAACCCUGUGUGCCUGUCGGCAUGAAAAAGAUGACCAGGACUACGGCCGACGGCAAAGCCAGGCUCAACCUCCAGGAAGAAGAAGGGUCCACCAGGUCAGAGCUUAAGCAGGGAGAAGGCUAUAAGGUGAAGACAAAGAAGGAAAUCCGGAACGUGGAGAAGAAAGCCCACUAGUGACAGCGACGUCAGUCCAGGACUUCGUGUUCGCACUGCCCGUAUCAAGAAACUCACCAGAAAUCAGCAGGAAGGGAAAUAUUCACCAAGAACGGAGUGUGGGUCUGCUGCUUCCACACGUCAAUGACAUGAUAGUUUUUUUUUUAAUGCAGAAGGAAAAAGAAAGUCACAUUUUUUUUUUUUUAUUUAGCAUGAGCCAAUUUACAGAGCAUGGAAACUCACUUUCAUUCCCGGCACUGACAUGCGUGCACCAAGCAAGUGCAAAGUGUAAGAUACAGGAAACCACGUCGUUCAGACUCGGUCUCAAGUAAUUUGGUGUCAUUCUCAAAGAAGACAGACAAAACAACACCUGUGCCACCCAGGAGGAGGGACAGCAGAGAGUGGAACGAUCAAACCACAAGAAGACACACUAAAAUUACUAAAUCCACAACAGCUCGCCUUAUUUUUCUCGGACCCAAACUAACUGUCAGGGUAUAAACACUGUUUCUUUUUCUUUUUUCUUUUUUUUUUUUUUUAAAGAAAAAUAAUAAUAAUAAAAAAAUCAAUAGUUUUGCUGUAAAUAAUAACACUGUAAAUUCUAACAGAAGAAACUACAAUAAAGAAUUAUAAGGCACCUGCCUCACAGAA